GACGGACUAUUUUUACAGUCGGAUGCAAGGGAAGACGAGAUCAGCCACAAAGAAACAUUUUCAGAUGGACGCUUGCAUGCACUUGAACAGCUUUGGGUGGCAAACACAAAAGUGAGCCAUUCUACAUGUGACAGCUACAUGCAGUGUUUCAUUAGUGGAUGUGACCCAGUUUGAUGUGCGUUAGCUUCAGUGCAGAAGGAAGUGAUGCGAGACAUUAACCUCAAGAGAACGUGCAAUUCUGCACUGUAACAUCACACAAAGCCUGGAUCGCUGGCUUAUCAGCUCACAGCAGCUUUCUGUCAGGGCUUCUUGGCCAAGCGGCUAUCAGAAAGAACACACCACUGUCACCACAGGAAACUCACCCCUGUCUUUUCCCUUAGUCCGUUGUCAUCGUGAGAGAUUGUUCCGAGCCACUUUGACAUUCACCAUGUAAGUGUUCACCUCAUUAGUAUGCAUUUCAUUUGUGUAAUGUCACAUGACUGUCAAAACCUUCGGGUCAGCGUCUGAACCAAAUGGACCCUCUAGAAGGAACCGAUAUUGAAGCAAACCCAACAGGUAGUGAGAUGAUGGAACUUCCUGUUCUGACCCAACCUGGCCUCGGAGUGACCACGACAACAGUGACCACUAUCUCUCAAACGGGAGGAGACUGGAGCACAGGACUGUUCGCAGUGUGCCGUGACACCAGCACAUGUCUGAUGGGUGCGUUUGUGCCCUGCUGCUUGGACCUGAGUCUGGCUCAUCAGUAUGGAGAGUGCAUGUGUCUUCCUCUGCUGCCUGGCUCCACUUUCGCCAUGAGGGUGGGCAUUCGAGAGCGCUAUAAAAUCAGGGGCAGUGUGUGUGAGGACUGGACUACAGUAUACUGCUGCUACCCUCUGGCCCUCUGUCAGAUGAUCAGAGAGAUGAAGAAGAGGCUGAAGACACAGACCUACACCGUUUCUACCACGCUGGAGAGCUCCUGAGAAACUGUGUGUGUGUGUGUGUGUGUGUGUGUGUGUGUGUACUCUGCUCAGAUUUUCUUUUCUUAUCUGUGUUUUUGCCGAUGCUAAAAGUCUCAGCUGUCAGGAUGUUUAUUACCCGGGGUCCUGAACUUCAUGCAGGGUUAGACACAUCCGUACUCUCUGCUUGAAGAUUGAUGCCGCUGACAUCUCAAACUGACGGAGAGUAGGGGAGGAAAAGAGCUUUCUGAUGGCUUCUGGGACUGUGUACUGUAUGCUUUGAUUUCAGAUUGCACUCUCAUGGUCGUUAUACAUAUGCAGGCUUCGCUACAUGGAUUCAGUCUGGAUCGGGUCACUAGUUUUAAUCGGAUUUCAAAGUCCGAGUCAAAACUGAUAUGACCUCAUCUCUCAUUUGAUCCAAAAUAAAAUGUUAUAAAAAUA